AUGGCUUCUCAUCACCAUCACGAUCAUGGACAUGGACAUAGUCAUGAUCACGGCCACGGCCAUGAGGGCGGGCACGAUCACGAUCACGACCACUCCCACGAUCUAGAACCAGCGCUGCAGUCCAACCUCUACAAACAAAUCAACUUUGAAGGCAUUACUACUCUGAACGAGGCUGAGCCCGGGUCGGGCGCAGCAAUUGUCCAGAAGAGCUGGGAAGAACGUCUUGAUGAGCGACCCACUCUCGAAAGUGACGCGGAUGAACAACUUCUGAUGCAUGUCCCAUUCGCAGGGUCGUGCAAGCUGUACUCUAUUCUCAUCCGCACCUCAGACUCCGAUUCCGCACCGUCCACACUCAAACUCUUCCGCAACCGAGACGACAUGGAUUUCGGUAUGGCCACCGAGCUGCAGCCGACCCAGACACUGGAUCUACCCAAGAGCAACGAUGUCAUGGACAUACCGCUGAACCGUGCUCUCUGGAACGGCACCACUUCCAUCACGCUUUUCUUCGAAGACAACCAUUCCGGCGGAGAAGAAGAUGUCACUCAAGUAGGAUAUUUGGGCUUCAAGGGCGACUUCAUGGCGCUCAACCGGGAGCCAGUCAGUGUGUUGUAUGAAGCAGCCGCGAACCCGCAAGAUCAUAAGCUGAUUCAGGGCUUGACCAAUGUCGGCCAGUCCAUGUCGGGACAGUAG